CCGCGCUUAAGCCUGCCUCUGUCUGGCCGGCCUGUGGGAGCGGAACGGUGUCAUUUUCGCUAGACGAUCACACACAGGCAACAACAAGCUGCACAAUGGGGUUGUAGCACUUGCAGACGUUUUCGCGUUGGACUUCAUUCGACAGAAUAUCGCGUUUGCGAGUUUCCUGCGAACCUCGGUGCUGUUCCCCCUUCAGUCUCCGAUCGCCUCUUGAGCAGAAGGGGAAGCUUUUCGAGGUCAGGAUGCCGGCGGUCGAUGUCGCGAUGGAGCGGAGUCUGAGGGGAGGAUUUUUAGAUUUACUGGCCGCUAGUUUGCGACCGGCGCUCCACCGGAGAGAUCUCGCGGGACAGAUUACAGACGUCAGGUUGGCCUUCUCAAGUUGGGACAACUGCAUGCAGGCCACAUUUUGCAAGUGGCCUGUCAUUGCCGUCAUUAUUGUCGGCGGCUUGAUCCUCAUCUCCGUGGUGGUGUGUAUUGUUCGGUGUGCUUGCUGCGGCCGUUCUUGCUGCUGCUCUUGCUUCUCAUGCCUCAGAUGCUGCGGUAACUGCUGCGGCUGCUGCGACCCGCCGAGAGGCAGCCGGCGCAAGUAUCUCGAUGAGCCAUACAUCCCGCCGGAUCAAGGGUACAAGUCUCAGGCGCCGAUGCACGCCGGUUUCACUGGACCAACAGCGCCGGUAACGAAGGGGCCAGACUAUCCCCAAUAUGCCGAAUUCGAUGUUGGGGCCAAGAGGAACGAGGAUGCUUUACCCGAGAUGCCCAGUUGGGAAGGCGCCGCCAGCAAGAAGGUCCCCCUUGAGGAAGAGGCUGUUGAAAUGAACGCGCUGAAGAAGCCUGACCCUGCCGUUCAAGUCGGCAACAGUACGGGCUCAGCUACCGCGGUGUCUUCGAACUCCUCUAGAUCUCCGGUAAACCGAAGCCCGUAUAGGGCGCCGAACGCCAACCCUGGACCCAACGAUUAUUUCAACCACGAGGCAGUCGGCAACGAUCCAUACGCGCAGGCUGCGCCAGCAUAUAACCAACCAGACCUAGCUUACGGUCAGUCAGACCAUGGGUACGGAAUGGCGGGGGCUGCAAUUGGCCCAAGUCCGCGUUCGCCGCAUGCCUAUGACAACGGGUAUAGCAACGAGGGGUAUGGUCAAGCCGUUGGCUAUACUUCACCCACAGGUCAGGAAACCUACGGUGGCUACAGCGCGGCGGGGCGGCAGCCGUACGACAACUACAACAGCUAUGGCUCCCAAGGCAACCCGGGCUACGGCAUAAGCCGCCAUCAAUCUCCGCAUGAAAUGGACGCGGGUAACGGCUACCCCCAAGACGCUCGGCAUUCGCCCGCCCCGCAUGGCCCAUACAGCGCCGCUGGGCGCUACAGUCCUGACUCGCGACGGUCGCCCGCUCCACAGGGAGAUUAUACCCGCCGAUCUCCAGCUCCUGGGACAGAGUACGGCAGCGGGUACGACAACCGCCCCGGGUAUGCGACGCGGGGGUACUCGUCCGAGUCGACGCGGCCCCUGCGAGCCCCACCCCAGCGCCAGUACACAUCCAACUCCAUCAACGACGUCACGAGUCCCAGCGGAUCGCAGAACAAUAUCAACGGCUUUGACUUCUCCACGUCGGGGUACAGCCGCCCCCCGGCUAUUGGCGGCGGCGUGAAUAGUGGCGGGUAUCGCCUGCCGAGUCCGGGUCCAGCUGUGGAGCGGGGGACGGCUUAUCCGGGCUAUAAGCCUUACCAGCCCGCUGCAUAGCCCUGAAACGAGAUAAAAGGGGCGGGAUGGAAGAUGGGAUGUAAUGACCAAGGAGUCGGUGAUCUUCGUUUUCAUUUGCGCUUGCUUGCCUGAUUUGUUCGCGUCGCGUCAUAUAGAUGGUGCUUCUUCUUUUCUUUCUCCCAUCCUGAUGAGUUUGGGCCGUCAGGGAUACCCGGAAAAGCGGGCGGCGCGAGGACGU